UUGACAGAUGGGGAUGAUGGGGAUGAUGGGGAUGAUGGAGAUAAUGGAGAUGAUGGGGGUGAUGGGGAUGAAGGGGAUGAUGGGGAUGAUGGAGAUGAUGGGGAUGAUGGAGUGAUGGGGAUGAUGGGGGUGAUGGAUAAUGGGGGUGAUGGCGGUGAUGGGGAUGUUGGGGGUGAUGGGGAUAAAGGGGAUGAUGGGGAUGAUGGAUAUGAUGGGGGUGAUGGGGAUGAUAGGGAUGAUGGGGUUGAUGGGGAUAAAGAGGGUAAUGGGGGUGAUGUGGAUGAUGGGGAUGAUGGAGAUGAUGGAGAUGAUGGGGGUGAUGGGGAUGAAGGGGCUCAUGGAGAUGAUGGGGAUUAUGGAGAUGAUGGAGAUGAUGGGGAUCAAGGGGGUAAUGGGGGUGAUGGAGAUGAUGGGGAUGACGGGGGUGAUGGGGAUGAUGGGGAUGAUGGAGGAGAUGUGGAUGAUUGGGGUGAUGGGGAUGAUGGGGUUGAUGAUGAGGGGAAUGAUGUGUCUGAUGAGGAUGAUGGGUGUGAUGGAGAUGAUGGGAUGAUGGAUAUGAUGGAGAUGAUGGGGAUGAAUGGGGAGAUGGGGAUAAUGUGGAUGAUGGGGAUGAUGGAGAUGAUGGAGAUGCCUGGGAUGAUGGGGGUGUAG